CAUGCAACUGAUGCUCCUGAAGCUCAUGCAACUGAUGCUCCUGAAACUCAUGUAACUGACGCUCCGGCUCCUGCAACUGAUGCUCCUGUAGCUCCUACUUGUCGCGAUGGUUGGCACGAGUUUGAAGGUCGCUGUUUCCAGUACGUUCCGAGAGCAUUGACCUGGGCUGCAGCUGAGAGAAACUGCAAGAACUCGAAGUCACACCUUGCAUCAGUGCACAAUCACCAUGAGUAUCAGUUCAUUCAGAAGAUGAUACGGACAAUCACUCAGAAUAAUAGUGAAACCUGGAUUGGAGGCUCUGACUGCCAGCAGAAAGACACUUGGCUCUGGAGUGAUGGCAGUAUUUUCUUCUGGACAUUCUGGUGUGCAGGGCAACGUAAUACUUCAGGCUGUCUUCAGAUGAAUCAUGGAGGUGAAGAUUGUUGGCAUGAAGAUGAGUGUUCCUCCAAACUGCCAUCUGUCUGUGCCUACAGCCUGUAGUAGCUCCUGUGCUGACACACA